AUGGGUUCUCAGAUCCCCAAUCUCCCUGCACCCGUCGACCACCCCGACUCGAUGCUGUCCCGGAAGUUCGGACGGGAGACCGUCAACUACUUCGCCGGCAGCGCCCUGAACCGUGUUGGCUGGCUGCGGACCGACCACACCUUUAUCAGAUCCGCGUUCCAGGCCAAGGAGACCAACUUCAUGCUCCUCAAGGACCUCAGCCCUUUGACCAGCGCCCCCUCAAAACUCGCAUUUGUGUCUUUCGACGAUGUCAAGUCUGUGACCUCGGAGGACCCCUUUGGGCCUUCCGAAGAGGACCUUAUCAAGAACUACGACUCCUCCGUCUCCCGCCCACUCAUCAUCUUCCUCGGCUUGGAGGAGGGCGCCAAGGUCCCGUUUGAGUACAAGGGUCUCCAGGGCCGUCCUUGGUUCGCCGUUGACGUGACCCCCAAAGGCCCGUACGCAGAGGCUGCCAACCAGCUCAUCGAGGCCCAGUCUGCCAAGGGCAACAACUUCCUCCAGGGUACCAGGCAUAUUACUCUCGAGCCGGAUGCUGCCGGCAUCUACGCCCAGGCCAGGUCGCUUGCCGACUGGAACUCCCGCAACAAGUUCUGCGCGGGCUGCGGGCAAACCACACUGUCAGGGAACACUGGUUACAAGCGCCUGUGUCCUCCCACGGAUCUUGCUGGAACUGGGGCUGCGCUUGACAGGCCUGAAUGCCCCACGCGCGGCGGUGUCUCCAACAUCAGCUUCCCCAGGACAGACCCGACCAUGAUCGCCGCCGUCGUCUCUGCCGACGGCCAGAAGGUGCUCCUUGGUCGCCAGAAGAGGUGGCCUCCCCACUGGUACAGCACCCUCGCGGGCUUCAUCGAGCCGGGCGAGUCCAUCGAGGAAUCUGUCCGCCGCGAGGUAUUGGAGGAGAGCGGCGUGAGAGUUGGCAGAGUCGUCAUCCACUCGAGCCAGCCGUGGCCGUACCCUGCCAGCUUGAUGAUUGGUGCCAUCGCCCAGGCCCUUCCUGACGGCGAGACCAUUGACCUCGGAAACGACCCUGAGCUCGAGGAUGCUCAGUGGUUUCCUUUCGAGACUGUGAGGGAAGCGCUCAAGACCGGCGUGAGCGGCCUGGGAGAGGCGGCGCCCGAGGGAUACAAGGAGGGCAGCCUCCGUCUGCCUCCCCCCACGGCCAUUGCCAACCGUUUGAUGACUGCGGUGAUUGAGGGAUACGCAACCACCAUCCCUAAGAUCGUGUCAGCGCCGGAGGACAACCAAGCUCCAGCGCCAGCUCCCGUCCCGUCGUGGACGGUAAGCUCCAUCCACCUCACCUCCAUCGUCCCCAUCCCGCCCUGCGCCGCCAACGAAGCUCCCGUCGCCGAUAACCUGCCACGCCGCCCCGCCAGCCCACGACCGCGCGACGAGCUUGUCCGCAAGCGACCGCUGCCCACCAUGUACCACCUCGCAAAGGGCCUCUACCUCUUGGCCACCAGUAAAGAAGAGUACUCCGUCAUCCUCCUCGGCCUCGACAACGCCGGCAAGACCACCUUCCACGAGCAGGUCAAGUCGUUCUUCCUGCCCUCGCACCCGGACCCGAAGCUCAAGACCGUCCCGACCGUCGGCCAGAAUGUCUCGACCAUCACCCUGCCGGACAUGUACCUGAAGAUCUGGGACGUCGGCGGCCAGCACUCGCUGCGCCGGCUGUGGCAGAGCUACUACGCCUCCGCGCACGCCAUCGUGUUCAUCAUCGACUCGACUGAUAUCGGCGACGGGAACCUGGAGCACGACAGCUCGGGGCGUUUGGAGGAGUGCCGCCUGGUGCUGGAGGACGUGCUGCAACAUUCCGAGACGGAGGGCGUGCCGGUGCUGGUGCUGGCCAACAAGCAGGAUCGGGAGGACUGCGUCGAGGUUGUCAGGAUCAAGGAGGGGCUGGUGAAGAAGGUGUUUGAGGGCGAGAAGGCGAGCAGCAUCCGCGACUCGAGGGUGCUGCCCGUGAGCGCGCUGACGGGGACGGGCGUGAAGGAGGCGGUGGAGUGGGUGAGGUCGCGAGUGAAGUGGAACAAGGAGUCGAGGCCGCCGGUGAUGCGGUGA